CAGCAGGCACCAGUGACGUUCCACCUCACACACGCAUUGCUGGCCUGAGUCUGCUCUGCCCCCUCCCGCCAGUUCACCACCACCAUGACACCGGGCACUCGGGUCCUGUUCUUCCUGCUGCUGCUGCUACUAGUUCUUACAGGCCCGAAGAGUGUCACCUUAUCUCAGAGCACCCCAAGCUCAGCUGCCACUUCAAGCUAUGGUGCCAUCUCCACUACAAUCACCUGGGCUUCUGCAUCAAGGUCAGCCACCCCUACAGUCCAUACAGGCAUCUCAGCCCCAGCGGCCACCAGCUCUACAGAAGUGACCAGCACUGCAGCUCACCGUGGCACCUCGGCCCCAACCACCACCAGCUCUACAGAAGCAGUCAACACUACAGCCCACCGUGACACCUCGGCCCCAGCCGUCAUCAGUUCUGCAGGAGCGGUCAACCCUACAGUCCACACAGGCACCUCUGCCCCAGCUACCACCAGCUCUACAGAAGCGGCCAACAAUACAGCCCACCUUGGCACCUCGGCCCCAGCCACCACCAGCUUUACAGAAGCGGCCAACACUACAGCCCACCGUGGUUCCUCGGCCCCAGCACCCACCAGCUCUACAGAAGUGGCCACCCCUACAGUCCACACAGGCACCUCGGCCCCAGCAUCCACCAGCUCUACAGAAGUGGCCCCCACUGCAGUCCACACAGGCACCUGGGCCCCAGUUAGCAGCUCUGCAUCAGACUCAGCCACCAUUUCACCUCACAAUGGCUCGUCUACUGUGGCUACUACAUCCUUGUUUCCUAGCUAUCCAUCUCCUACUUCUACCACACUUACCAGCCCCAGCAACAGGACAAUUGCUGGUAGCACUAGCCAUAACACAGUACCUCCCUCCACUUCCUCCAAUCAUUCUUCUCCUCAGCUGUCUGUUAUGGUCUCUCUCUUUUUUCUGUCUUUUGAGAUUAUGAACCUCCAAUUUAAUUCUUCUCUUGAAGAUCCCAGCAACCCCUACUAUCAAGAGCUGAAGAACAGCAUUUCUAGAUUGUUUUUGCAGAUUUAUCAACAAGAUUUUCUGGGCCUCUUGAACAUCAAGUUUAGAUCAGGGUCUGUGGCAGUGGAAUCGAUGCUGAUCUUCCGGAAAAAUACUGCUAUUGAUGAAACUGUGAAGUCAGGACUCACCCAGCUUAGUGAAGCAGCCAAAAAAAAUAAUCUGUCAAUCACAAAUAUCAAUGCACGUGAGAUACAGGCUCCCUUUUCCACUGCCCAGCCUGGGGUACCAGGCUGGGGCAUCGCCCUGCUGGUGCUGGUCUGUGUUCUGGUCCUGCUGGCCAUUGUCUAUUACAUUGCCCUGGCUGUGUGUCAGUGUCGCCGAAAGAGCUAUGGGCACCUGGACAUCUUUCCAACCCGGGACACCUACCACCCCAUGAGUGAAUAUCCCACUUACCACACCCAUGGGCGUUAUGUUCCCCCUGGCAGCACCAGACGCAGCCCAUAUGAGGAGGUUUCUACAGGAAAUGGUGGUGGCAACCUCUCCUACACGAACCCAGCAGUGGCAGCCACUUCUGCCAACUUGUAGGAACUGGUCACUGCUUAGUGGCAGGCAGAAGUGCCAGUCUCAGGUUUUUCACUGCCAAAAGCCCCUUCCAUUCGGAUCUGGGCUGGUGAUCCAGGAGCUCGGUGGGCUACUCAGUUUUUCUGAGAAGCUCUGCCAAGCCUCUUUCCCAUCUUAGCCUGGUGAAGCCCAGCCCUGCCCUGGGGAAAAUUCCUGGGGCAGUGUGGCGGUGGUGUGUUGGCCCUUCCGGGAGGAUUGGUCUAGAAAGCCUGAAGUGGGCUGGGGAGCUCAGCAGCAAAGCACCUGCCCGGUGAGCACAAGGCCCUGAGUUCCAUUCCCAUUACUAACUAAAUAGCCUGGAGUGUGGGAACCAAAACACGAUGCAAUAAAAUGUGUCUUCCUGUGCC